GGAUGAUACAAGGGAAACCAAAGAUUGCGUUCAUGUCAGGACACAGAAAUAUGAUGAACUUAGUGUUUAUAAAAUAAAUUUCUGAUGUACCAAUAUACGGACUUGUAAAAGGAUCGAAUGCACCUAAAACAUGGCCUUUAGUGAGGAAUUUGGAGGGGAAAAUUACGCGAAAAUUUGUAAGAUACAGGCAAUAGUCGUAGAAGUACAAAAGGCUCUGCUAGUUCAAGAGACUAGAAUAAACGGAAACACUAUUGAUCAGUUCCUCUUAAACAACAAAAAAGAUAUACUGAACUUUGAUAUUGGGAAGCGUUUCAACACCGUUCUGUUCCCGAAAGGAAAUCAAACCACUGAUCUAGACAAAUGGGAUCUUACAUUGUUCUGUUUGAUUUUAGGAAAUGUAUGCAAAUUGCCUUCUACACAAGACAACGAUGUAAAUCAAGUACGAAUAACGCGAAACGUUAUUCACCAUUUACCAAAGCCAAGUAUAAGCGAUAGCGAUUAUCUUAAAUUUGCAAAUGUCUUCAAAAAAUUCAUUGCAAAUGCAUUGAAUUAUAUGAAUGAUCAAAACUUGAAGGCAAUUAUCAACCAGAAGGUCGACAAAGCUGAACUACCUGUAUGCAGUGAAGCUGUAGAAGCAUUUCAAAUGUCUCACGCAUUAUAUUUGAAAGAUAAAUGCACCGUUGAGGAACUGAAAGAACACAUGAACGGUCACAAUUAUAAUGUGCUUAAAGAAUUUGAAGCUCUUAAAGCUGCUUUAUGCACACUUCCAGAGAAAAUCAUAUCGCAGAUAAAGCCGCCACAAGAAGUAAGCUUUAAGCUACUACUGAAAAAUUGCAACCCAGAAGAAGAAAAGGAAUUGUCGGAAGAACAAGUGAGACUAUUCGACACUGAGAUAAAAGAUAAAAGCAUUGAAUUGUCCCAUGACGACUGCACAAAGGCUAAGGAUGCUGUGAGGUCACUUGUUAAACGUCUUAAAAACAAAGGAGUUGAGCCAACAAACGCUACACACGGAUGCGUUUGUAUGUUCGUUCGCUUCAAGGACUUUUCAUCGUACAUGGAUUUUUUCGAGAAAAUACUGCAUGGAAAAACAAACAAAUUUUCAAAUCCACUGCAGAAUUUACUACGAAGCUGUUAUAAAAAUGACGAUUUGAAAGUAGAGAUGGUCAUGAAUGCUGAGCAAAUAUUAUUUUGCUUUGAGCAUACACUGAAAUGUUUGAAAGAUGCACGUGAAUGUGCUAUUACCAAUAGCGCGGACAAACACGCCCAAAAACCUGUACUCAGCAAGGAUCCAUCGGACCCUUUCGAAAUCACGGAGUCAGAUAUCAUUAUGUCAACAUUUGAGUCCGAGCUUCAUAAAAUAAGUGAUCUAUACCUUACUAAAAGUGUGGAACAAAAAUGUCAACAUGCUCUUAAAGCCGCCAUAGAAAAAAUAGUUUACAGCGACCUUCGCAGCAACAAACAUACAGAAUCUGAACUGGUGCAACAUUACUCCACAAAGGAUAUGAAAGCCGAACAACAGCUGAUACCUGCCAACAGGCAUGUGUUGUCACUAUUAAAAUGCUUGCGAGUUGACGAGAUUAUUAAGCAGACAGAGUACGAUUGUGAAGACAUCUUCGAAUUUGAUAAAAUUGAUACGGACAACUAUCAAUAUCGAUAUGAACCGGCAUUAAUCAAAAACGUUGUGUCACAUAUUGUGAAAUUAAGAGACGAUGCUUUGUCGAUGCAGCAGGCAGUGCAAAAAGAAAUGGAAGAGAGAUUUGGUUGGUAUGGAAAGAGGGCUUCGUUAUUGUCAUUUAGAAGGGAUUUACUGGCAAUAUCGUGGAUUAUUGUUUGGGUAUCAAUCUGGUCAAAUACUCCUAUAAUGAUGGAGGCUGCCGGUAGAACUGAAAUACUUAUUGCAUUGACGUCGUUUGGGAUGUUUAUGUCGAACAGCGUAUCAUUCUCCAUUCUACGUGUUAUUCGAGGCAUAAACUAUUUGAUGAAUGCACUGGGAUUCAAUUACCGGAAAAUUAUAGGAAUACUCACAGAAAAAAUCGGGGUGGACUCGUAUAGGAGGAAGGUUUCGAUAUUCUAUCCGAAUACGGAUGCACAUUGGUGGCAAGUAGUACCGAUGGUAGUGGCAAUAGUGGCGAUAACGGGGAUAAUGAUGCCGAUUGUCUACUGUUUACUUCCUGCAGAAAAGUGGGAGAUGAUGAAUUUUUCGAUGCGUUUGUUUCUGUUAGCGGUGUCAGUGACGUUAAUCGUGUCUACCUUACUGGACGUUUUAGGAAUUACAAGACACAUGGAAUAUAUAAGGAAUAGGCUGUCAGCUGAAUUCAAACACCGGAAAAUGCUGGGAAAAGCCAUAGCAGAAAUAGAGCAACUGAAAGAUCCCUCAUCGUUUUACCAAAAAAUGAAUUCUGAGUUUUCGACCUUCGUGGGUUACGUCGACAUUUUGUACGAUACGUUUAAGGACGUCGAGAAGGAGAUGCGUGUGCCGAUGCCAUAUUCCACCUGGAAACAUACUGAGAAAAUGCCAAAAUGGCGAUUGGGUGAUGUGAAGGACUUCGAGAAGGAGAUGCGUGUGCUGAUGCAAUAUUCCACCUGGAGACAUACUGAGAAAAUGACAAAACAGCAAUUGGAGGAUGUGAAGAUGAGUUGGGAGGCACUAAAAGAACUAGCCACAUCUCCUAGAGGCAAGGUCAAAAUAAUCCGUUAAAAUAUAUCAAACGGAAGGCAUUUUGUUGUUGUUGUUAGUUUUCUCAUCAAUAGUUUUAUUGACAUGAUAUUUGAAUCAUAAGGAUAUUUUAUCCAUCGUGAGUUUGAAAACAUUACAUAUUUAACAAAUGUUGUUGUUAUUUUGUGUGCUUAUAAGUGCUACAUCUAUGUACUG